AUGGGUGACUACCUGUACUCGAGCUCGGUCCUGGCGAACGAUUCGUGCGUGAGCAACGCUUCCUCGCUGCUCGAUACGCUCAGCAUCAACAACCUGCUGAACAUCAAGCACCUGACCGGUGGUUCCGGAAACGGAGGCGACCUAGGUGCCAGCGUCUCCGACGCCCUCGGUACGAUCGUCGGCGAAUCGUCCUCUUCGUCGUCGUCGGUGUCGAUCGGUAGCAAGAACAAUAACGGUGCCAUGUCCGGGAAGCUGUCGGCUGGAGCGUCCGGACUGUCGCUAGGUGGCUCUUCCGGUGUAGAGGACGGGCAGGGCGGCGGACUACUGAUGACGUCCAGUGUGGCCUCGUCCAGCUGCGGCGGAGGUGUGCUGGGCUCGGGCUCGGGCAUCAUCACGACCGCCAUCACGUCCGAUGGCUGCUGUCUGAGCGGCGCAUCCGGAUCGACGGUUCGCGAGCUCUCGCUGGCGCUCGGCGGUGACGACGGAACCGUGACCUCGUCGCUACUGAACGGGGGCAGCAUUUCGUCGCCCUCGAUCGUUGGGCUCGGUGGAAUGAGUGGAAGCGGAAACGCGAACGGCAACAACAACAGCACCGCCAACGGUGGCAGUGGCGGCAAUGGGGCCGGAGGUGGCUCGAACAGUACGAACAACAAUCUGCUCCUGGAGGCGUCCGCGUCGGCGGCCGACCAGCUCCAGCUGCAAUCCGUGGCGGAGGAACUCAGCCUGAAGGCGGCCGAUCUCAGCUGUCUCAGCUCGGUCACGUCCAACCUGAUGAACGGAUGUCUCGCCCCGAGCGGGCUCGGCUUCGGUGCGACGCCGGACCACUCGAGCCCGUGGUCGACGGGACCGGACGAGGCGGGCCAGGCCGGUUCGAGCGGACACCUGUCGAUGAACGGGUUGGGUGGGUUCCAGAACUUCACCAGCAAUCUCUACAAUGGUGCCGUGGCGGCGGCUGCCGCAGCCGCAGCCACCGCAGCUGCCCAGCAGCAGCAGCAACAGCAGCAGCAACAGCAGCAGCAACAACAACAGCACCAGCAACAGCGCCGUGCAAUCACUGCAUCGCACGGGGCCUUCCCGAAUCACCACCACGGCAUUUCGCCCAACAAUCUCGCCGUCUCGCACGGUAACGCAAUGCUCCAGCAGCAGCAGCAGCAACAGCAACAGCAGCAACAACAGCAGCAAAAUCAGUACAAGAACUCGUACCCAUCCUGGUCCAACCCGGGACCCUGGUCGCAGCAACAGUCCAGCCAGCAACAGCAACAUCACCAUCAGCAGCAGCAGCAGCAGCAGCAACAGCAGCAGUUGCACCAGCAACAGCAGCAGCAGCAACAGAGCGCACUGUCUUCCUGGAACCGGGGCCGCUCCGUGCCGAGCCUAAAUCCGUCCGGCCUGGGUCCGAAUGGGCUGCACGCCCGCAAGCCCCCCGUUCACUCGCAGGGCAACCCGUCGCUCUCGCCGUACGGUGGUGGCCUCGGCAAUGGGGGCCAUCUGCAGCAGCAAUCUCAUGCCCAUCACUCUCAGCAAAGUAUGCAGCAUCAGCAGCACCAACACCACCAGCAGCAACAUCAGCAACACCAUGGUCACCACGGCGGUCACCAUCAGUCGAACGCGCUGCAGCCGCUGCAAUCGAAUCUGGCCAAUUCCCCGUCGCGCUAUCGGCGCAGCACGUCGGCACCGUUUCCGAACAAAACCAAUCUCACCCAAUCGCUCGGAUCGGCCGGUGGCGGUGGUGGCAGCUCCGGAGGGCCCGGUGUUGGCAGUAGCGGUGGCGGUGGCGGAGUGGGAACCGGCAGUAUGGGUGGAGGUUUUCCCGGGCCGCUCGACGUCGGCGGUAUCGACGAGAACCGCGAUCCGUUCCUGUCCUCGUAUCAGGACCGCACCGGGCUGAGCAACGGAUUAGAUAUGCGCUCGCUGGAACAUUGCCUCAGUGACAUCAUGCGAAACGUGGGCGAGGCCUCGCAGCCGGAUCAUCUGAAAGGUUUUUUGAACUGCAACACCAACACGCUGCAGUCGCUGGCACAGCUACACGGAAAACUUGACUUCCACGAAUUCAUCCCAGGUAAACCCUUCUUCACCGGACUGGACGAGCAUCUGAAUGACGACGAUGGUAAUGGUGGCGGGGGCGGAUUUAUCGGAGGCAAUCAGCUGCAGCUCAACUCCCCGGCCCGAUCAUCGCCGCACUCGAAUGGUUCCGAAACGACGGAACGCUUCUCGCGGAAGGUUUUCGUCGGUGGUCUGCCGCCGGAUAUUGACGAAGAGGAAAUCACCACAUCUUUCAACCAGUAUGGAGACCUUAUCGUUGACUGGCCGCACAAAGCUGAAUCGAAAUCGUACUUUCCACCCAAAGGAUACGCAUUUCUCCUGUUCCAGGAGGAGCGUGGCGUCCAGAAGCUUAUCGAAACGUGCGUGCCGGAUGAUGACAAACUCUACAUCACUGUAUCGUCGCCGACGAUCAAGAACAAACCGGUCCAGAUCCGUCCCUGGCGGCUAGCAGAUGCGGACUAUGUACUGGACGCGUCCAUGCCCCUCGAUCCUCGAAAGACCGUCUUCGUCGGCGGUGUACCGAGACCGUUGAAAGCAUAUGAACUGGCAAUGAUUAUGGAUCGUUUAUAUGGUGGUGUGUGCUACGCUGGAAUCGACACCGAUCCGGAGCUGAAGUACCCGAAGGGCGCCGGCCGGGUAGCGUUUUCCAACCAGCAAAGCUACAUCGCCGCCAUCUCAGCCCGUUUCGUCCAGCUGCAGCAUGGCGAUAUCGAUAAACGUGUCGAGGUGAAACCGUACGUUUUGGACGAUCAAAUGUGCGACGAGUGCCAUGGCCAGCGUUGUGGGGGCAAGUUUGCUCCAUUUUUCUGUGCCAAUGUCACCUGUCUUCAGUAUUAUUGCGAGCAGUGCUGGGGCUUGAUUCACGCCCGCGAAGGCCGUGAGUACCACAAGCCCCUCGUCAAGGAAGGCGCCGACCGGCCCCGGGCGGUGCCCUUUCGUUGGUGUUAACGCCAACAGCCUCGAUCAAUAUCAACUGCAACUGCUAGGACGUCGUCGUCGGCGCGGACGGGUGGUGGAGCUGCCGGCCCUUCUUCCAUCGGGGCCCUCGGCUGCACCGGACCCAGCCCGUCCCUCGCCAGCGGUCCCAUAUCCACCGGAGUCUAUUAUAGCGGCAAUGGCUCUAAUUCCGGAUUU